GCAAGAUGGUCGGGCAAACUCUCACCUCUGUGGCUAUUAUUGGCGGUGGCCCUGGGGGGGCUAGGAACCGCUAUCGCACUUUCUGAGUUACCGUUUCUUGAUGUGACCCUUUACGAGAAGCAUUCUGAGUCUCGAGAGGCCGGUGCUGGCUUAAGUCUAAGCUCCAACGCUUGGAGGAUCUUGGACUUGCUUGGGGCAAGUAGUGGUGUCAAGGGCGGCUCCAAAUCCAACACUCAUCAAAGAAAUGCAUAUACCGGUAAGGUCUUGAGUGUAGUCGAACACCCGGAAAAUUCUGCGGUUGAUCAGCGUGGAGCUAUUCGCGCUCGUAGGACCCGACUGCAGCAAGCGCUUUUAGCCCAGGUUCCUAAGGGCAUCAUUAAGUACAGCAAAAAGCUUGUCCAUCUUGAUGACCUGCCAAAUGAAGGUGUACGGUUGACCUUCGCGGAUGGAACCGAGGUUCGCGCUGAUAUAGUGGUGGGAGCUGAUGGAAUUCACUCGGCUGUUAGAAAAUGCCUGUUUCCCGACCACAAGCUUCGGUUCACAGGUAACACGGCAUUUCGGGUUCUUGUUCCCAAAUCACGUCUAGUUAGCCUCCCUGAGAUCACAUCCACAACCGCCUGGUGGUGGGGCAAGGCUGGCCAUGUUUACUUCUCCGAUGUGGAUGAUGAGACUGAAAAUGCCGAUCCAUUAUUUGAAAUAACCGUACGGUCUUACCAUGAGCCCGAGAUUCCCGGGAAGACCGUGGGUUGGGCAUUCCGGCAGCCAACGAAAAAAGUCGCGUCCCGCGUCAAGGAAUUCGAUCAAAGAGUCCGAGAUGCAGUUGAUGCAGUUGAAGAGGGUGAAUGGUGGGAAUUCGCUGGAUUUGCUGGCCCGCGUCUCGAUCACAUCACUGGAUGGGGCAAAGUUGCACUCAUUGGAGAUGCGAGUCAUCCGCUCUCGGGGGCCUUUGGUUCCGGGGCAACUUUCGCAAUGGAAGAUGGAUGGAUUCUAGCAAGAGCACUCGAGCUCACACAAUUCACCGGUCGCCCUCUGUCGGGUUCUCUGGAGAUAUUUUCUCAGAUCCGGUCACCGUAUUACAAUAGGAUGUAUAGACAUUUAGACGAGGUCCAAGAAAAGCUGCAGCAAGUGCAAGCUGAAAGCACUGAUUUCGAUGGAUUUUUGAAGAGUAAGAUCGAUAGUUUUCUCUACGGUGACAAGGAUUUUAUCUACAAGAACGACAUAUCCAAAGUGUGGGAUGCCUACCUUGAGGGUAACGAGGCUCAGGAAUAG